GUUUAAAAUCGAUAGAACAUCACGGUUCCCCUUAUCAGCAGUAGCCCAUGGAAAUAGAAUGGACAACAAGAACAAGUGUCAAGAUAGAGGGGAUACGCUGUCGUCUUCAAUUCCAUCUAAAGAGAAAGACGACAACGAGCAUAUGGAUGAAUCGGACGAUAGAUCGCAAUCACCAAUUUUGAUUACACACCACAAGGAACAACAACCAAAACAACAACAACAACAAAGUUGCGGAAAACAACAUGUUUAUAGUUCAGGAACAACAAAAGUACGACCCAGUCUUUCAUUUGGAAUCAGCAGAAUAUUAGACAAUGAUUCGAACUCUGAUUCGGACUUUCUGUCAGGUGGUGAGGACAAUGGGCCGUGUGAUAGUCGUACGAGGCGCGAAAAUGUGACUCCGGACAAACAUUGUAUAUCUGUGAAACCAUCCACAGAUGAGGAUGAAAAACCUUUCAUUCAAGUUCCUAAACUUACACCAGAAUUAUUUGCGUCUGUUUCAAACGGUUACCAUGGAUUCCACGUGCCUCUGACGGUACCUAUACACCGACCCCACCCCGUGUUUCCCACAAUGACGUCAUACACAUUACCAGGAUGGCUUGACCUACGACGGGACAGAUUUGGUGUAACAAGAAGAAUAGGACAUCCAUACCAAAACAGAACGCCUCCAAAACGGAAAAAGCCCCGGACAUCAUUUACUCGUCUCCAAAUCAUGGAACUUGAAAAACGCUUCCACAGACAGAAAUAUCUGGCCUCAGCGGAAAGGUCGGCGUUAGCGAAAGCACUGAAAAUGACAGAUGCACAAGUGAAAACAUGGUUUCAAAACCGCAGAACAAAAUGGAGACGGCAGACGGCCGAGGAACGGGAAGCCGAACGUCAGGCGGCCAAUCGGUUGAUGAUAAGUCUGCAGGCGGAAGCCAACAAGACAAUCUAUGACAUAAGAGACCCGUUGUGUAUGAGUAACUCUUCUCUCCACGCACUUCAAAACCUUCAACCAUGGGUUGAUGAUUCUUCCCGUAGUGAUCGGUGAUUGAUGACGUUAUUAUGACACAGGGGAAGAUCCCCAAGUGAGAGAACUCCCGAAGUGAUAGUUUAUGAAAGACAAAACCCCAUGUGAUGAAUAACAAAAGGGAAGUUCCGAAUUGAAUUGAGUGACCAUGACAAUUGGUAAAACUCGUCUCUUACCAUACGAAAUAUAUUUCGAAAGAGAGAUUGUGAUUUAAAACGACAUCCCGGCUGAAGAUGACGUCAUAUUAUUCCAAAUGGCGUCAUGGUUGAUCAGUCAAUCAGGUCGAAGAAUUUACUCAUUUAAACUCAGGAUCUCAAGCUAACCAACAACCUCACCUUUUCAUAUGAUAUAGUACUGCAGGGAUUGUUGGGGAUGAUGGGAUAUCCCCCGUGAUAUCGUCAAGUCUCAUGUCCCAAAACACCAUUGAAAUGCAUGUGUUCAUCCCUCCCUUUAUCAAUCUUCGUGUUGUCAUCUUGAUUUCAUUUCAAAUACCCGACUUAAUUACGAAAAUCACAAUCAAUCUUUGACGACAUCGAUUAAUUUUGUUAAUGUGGCGAAUUCAUUUUAUAAAUUACAUGAUAUUCGAUGAAUCAUUUGUAUAUGUUGCACUGGUAAAAUAGUAGCCGCUUCUUUUGAUUCUGAAAGGGACUUUUCUUCUUUUGUCGAUUCCGUAGAACGCCGGUCUGUUAAACCAAAGGCCCUGCGUUCGACUCUCUUGCAAUGGAAAAUAGUGUUACACACACAAACAAUAUCAGCCAAAGUGAUGAUGUUUUUAUCAUCAAUUUUGUUCUCUGAAAUGCAGUUAUUGGACGAUUGAUUACAAAUUGCACGAUUCAAUUGGUACCUUCUAUUUUUUUUAUCAGCAGGGAUUCUCGACAAUUUGUUUCAUUUGAAAGCAUAAUAAAAUGAUAUAAAAGCCCAAUUGAUGGAAUUGGAAAUAGGCCUAAAUAUUUAAAAAGGGGAGAUAAUUUACUUAAUCAUUUGAUUUUAUAUUUGUUAUAUCAAAUAAACGACUGUUGGAAUAUAUCAUUAUAGUGGCUUGUAGAGAACAGAAUAAAAGUGUGUAGUGUUAACUACUAUUAAUGAUAUUUAAACCUGGUAUCCAGGUUGAGGUCAAAGUUCGUUGUUUUUUGCAGAAGGAGCAUUUUGUUCGUAGCGUAACUUUGUGGAAUCAAUGGUACCACAAAAUUAGAUCAUAUUCGUUUAAAUAUAUAAUAUUACAUCUUCUGCAAGUUACUUUUUUUAUCAUGUAAAUGACAUCUACAUCCAGAUACUGAAAUAUUUGUGAGAUUAGUUCGGAUAUAUACAUAUACAUUGUACGAAUUGCUAUACGCAGAGUUCUGAUCUGAAAAAAUAAAUAAAUGAAUAACGGUAAGACACAUGUAGCAUUACAUUGUCUAUCUUACAUUUAUAGAAGUUAUGUUAUAUUGAUUUAUGUUGUAGUAUUAAAAUUGGUGGGGUUUUAUUAUAUAUAUAAUUAUCUAUAACUACAAUAUAAAAUAAAUACGGGUUACACGACGACAAAUGAUAUUGGCUCAUAUUUACGUUGUACAGUAUGUGGACUGAUUUAAACAGCACAUUUAUGAUGACACACGUGCUAAAUGUAUUAUCAAAUCAUG